UCUAGAAUGAAACUCUUGAUUUUAGCGGCGAUUUUGAUAGUAGCAGCGGCUCGACCAGCCGAUGACUAUAUGGAAGACGUGGUCUAUGCAGAGAGUCGUCCUAUCUAUUCUGCCGAUGGUUCUCAAGGUUUCGGCCAUAAAAUGGAAAUAGAUACUAGUGGACCUCAUGGAAAUGGAAAUUUAAAAGUGGAAGAAACUCACGUAGUGAUGAAUCGUAGAUUACAUCCCGACGAAGCUCAUUCACAUAUGGAAAAACUGAUCGGAUCCAUGGGCAACAUGAGAAGCGGUUUCCACGAUUUCGUUAGAGGACUCGGUUUCUAA